CAUUCAUUUCUCUAGCUGCAAAAUCCUAUCUCUCUCUCUCUCUCUCCCUCUCUCUCUCUCUCUCAUAGACAUACACACACAAUGUCAAUGAUCAAUAAUACUAGCAUUGAGAGCAACACAAUUAAUGGGUGCUCUCUAUGGCAGUUGGGUACUGAAUUCCAGCUCCAUCAAGCAGUGGGCGGUAGGGAUGAUUACCAGAGAUGGAGGUCAGCAGCAUCAAGGGGGUUUGCAUAUGCAGAUGCAGAUGAUGAUGAUGCUCAAUGCAGAAGGUAUCAUUUUUCCGACAUGUCUCUCAAGUUAUCCGAGAUGAAAAUCCAGCAUCCUGAUAAGUGGUAUAAGACACUCCCCCCUGCUGAAAUGCUGCCUAGGAAUGAGGUCUUGGGAGGCUUCAUUUUUGUCUGCAACAAUGAGACCAUGCAGGAGGAUCUCCAUCGCCAACUCUUUGGGCUGCCCCAGAAAUAUAAGGACUCUGUUAGGGCAAUAACCCCUGGCCUGCCCCUUUUCCUUUAUAACUACACAGCCCACCAGCUACAUGGAGUUUUCCAGGCUGUGAGUUUUGGGGGGUCAAACAUAGAUCCAACAGCAUGGGAAGACAAGAAGUGCAAAGGAGAAUCAAGAUUCCCAGCACAGGUUAGAAUCCGAAUCAAGAAGAAAUGCAAACCUUUAGAAGAGGAUGCAUUUAGACCAAUCUUGCACCAUUAUGAUGGCCCAAAGUUCCGAUUGCAGCUCUCGGUGCCUGAGGCACUUGCAUUGUUAGACUUGUUUAAAGAGGAGGAGCUCUAGAAGGGUCUGUAGCACUCGAGCUAAUUGAAGAUCAAUACAAGUAGUGGGUGAAGGACUGCCACAUUGACUGGUUGUUGAACAAAAGUCAGAAAAUAAUGAAGAUCGCAGCAAACUCGAUCGACGGUGUUCGUCAUUCUGACGUGUAGAGUGGACAAUUUUACACGGUCAAGAUUAAGAAUAGCAUGAAGUUCGAUGUGUACGAUGAAAAAUAUAUAUGUGUACGAUGAAAAAUAUAUAUAUAUAUUUUUUUUUUUGGUGCAUUAGAUAUGUUAUAAUUAUGGGCGGCUACAAAAUCAAUGUCGUGAGUUACAAGAAAGUUUUUGUUGAUUAUGUAGAGUAAGA